AUGCCAGAUUCAUGGGGAAGUUUCAUGAACAAACCAGCAAGAGGUUGGUUACAUCCAGACAAUGUUAUUACGAGAAGUAGUGUUUGCUACGAAGUUCGAUAUAUUGGCUGUUUGGAAGUACUGACAUCUAUGAAAAGUUUGGAUUUUGAUACACGAUUUUUAGUAGCCAAGGAAUGUAUAAAUAAAGUUUGUGAAGCAGCUGGGUUAAAAACUGCUGACAAAAAACGAAAAGUGGAUAAAAAAAUUUUAAGACUUAUUGGUGAUCAUUCAAUUAUGGAUCAUGCAGGAUCAAAUGUUACGUUAUCCAUAUCUAGCACAUGUUUGACAUUAAAAAUUAGGGAUUCACAUGCAGUCAUUUCUACACAUGAUAUGCCUAGGAUAUCUUUUGCAUCGGGGGGUGAUGCUGACACAAUAGACUUUGUUGCAUUUGUAGCAAAAGACAUAAAAGACUGGCGUGCAUGUUAUGUGCUGGAAUGUGGAGAAGGCGAAUUAGCACAAGAUGUUAUUACAACUAUUGGCCAAGCCUUUGAUUUACGUUUUAAACAAUUUUUAACAAAACCUGCACCAGUUUUAAGCUCAAGCACACGAGAUGAGCGAGAAUAUUAUAAUGAUCUACCAGGAAAGUCUCCUCCAGAAACUGGUCCACCACCUGUUCCACCACUUCCUUCAUACCAUGAUCAUCGUAAUAGAGAAAGACUAGUUUCAAAUAAUUUAAUAGAUUUGAAUUGUGAAGCACCUCCACCACCUGUACCACAUCCUGUUCAUAACUAUGUUAAUGAUUUUGUAGUUGGAAAUAAAAACCACAAUUCACAACCUCGUGAUGUAUUUGAUAUGCAACCUUUUGUGGAUCAUGAACCACUGCCAGUAAUGGCACCAAAAUUACAAGAUGAAAUUUGGUUUCAUGGUAGUAUUACAAGACAGCAUGCUGAAGCAUUACUAAAACAUGAUGGUGACUUCCUAGUUAGAGAAUCACAAGGAUCUCCUGGACAAUAUGUAUUAACAGGUCUUCAAGGUGAUGUAAAGAAACACUUACUUUUAAUUGAUCCAGAAGGUGCAGUUAGAACUAAAGACCGUAUGUUUGAAAGUGUCAGUCAUUUGGUAAACUAUCAUAGUGAAAACAAAUUGCCUAUUAUGUCAGCUGAAAGUGCACUCAUUUUGAGAUAUCCAGUACCACGAACUAGAUUUUGA